UGCGAUAAGGUGCAAUGUUUAUUUUACGAUUUUAUCUUUAAAUCAAUAAAUCAAAAUAUUCCUUUAGGUGUUUACGUUUGGGAUGUUGAUGGUAAAAAGUACAUCGAUUUUUUAAGCGGUUAUUCCGCGAAUAAUUUCGGACAUUGCCACCCAAAAAUCGUUGAAACCUUAAAAGAACAAGCCGGAAUUCUUCAUCACACCUCAAGGGCUUUUUAUUGCGAUAUUUUCGGUGAAUACGCUGAGUAUUUAACUAAAUACUUUGGAUACGAUAAAGUUAUUCCUAUGAAUACAGGUGUUGAAGCUGAUGAUACAGCGUGUAAAUUAUCUAGAAAAUGGGGUUAUAGAAAGAAGAUGAUUCCCAAAAAUAAAGCAAAAAUCAUUUUUUGUAGUGAUAACUUUUGGGGGCGCUCACUAGCUGCUGUUUCAGCUUCAACGGAUCCAUUAAGUUUCGAAGAUUAUGGUCCAUUUAUGCCGGGAUUUUCUUGUAUUCCUUAUAACGAUCUCCAAUCUUUAGAACAAGCGAUUUCCGAUCCAACAGUUUGUGCUUUUAUGGUUGAACCGAUUCAAGGAGAAGCAGGAAUUGUAAUUCCCGAUGAAGGUUAUUUAAAAGGGGUUAGAGAUCUUUGCUCGAAAUACAACGUUUUAUGGAUAGCCGAUGAGAUUCAAACGGGAAUGGGAAGAACAGGAAAACUUUUAGCGGUCGAUCACGAAAAUGUCAAACCGGAUAUUUUAGUGCUCGGAAAAGCUUUAGGAGGGGGAGUAUAUCCAGUUUCCGCUUGUUUAGCUAACGACGAUGUCAUGUCCGUUAUUGAACCGGGCACUCACGGUUCAACGUUUGGUGGAAAUCCUUUAGGUUCAAAAGUUGCAAUUGCUGCUUUGGAAGUUCUUAAAGAAGAGGAGUUGGCCGAAAACGCCGAAAGAAUGGGGAGGAUUUUUAGGGAUGGACUUAAAAGUCUAGUUAAAGAUAAAGUUAUCAGUAUGGUCCGAGGAAAAGGAUUAUUAAACGCCGUUGUUGUUAAUAGAAAUUAUGCAACCGCAUGGGAUAUUUUAUUAAAACUAAAAGACUCGGGAAUUAUCGCUAAACAUACCCACGAGGAUAUUAUUCGAUUUUCACCACCUCUAGUCAUCAAUGAAAAUGAAAUCUGUCAAUCGGUAGAUAUCAUUGGAAGAACUAUUAAAUCUUUCAUGAAAUAAAAAAUACAAAGCAUUUAAAAUUUAUAAAUUAAGUUGUUAAUGUCGUAUUAUAUCUAAUAAGAUCGUUAUUAAUUAAUUAAAUAUUUUUUAAUGUGUCAAAAAAAUUCUAGUUUAAAUAUAAGCACCUAAUUUUACGGGAAUAGUUUAUUGCAAAUCUGCCCCACAGUUUUGACUCUUCAACUUGUUAUGUGUAACUCACCCUCUUAGGAAAGGACAAUGGACAGGAAUCCGGAAAGCUUCGGUUCGGAGAAUUAUUCUUCAAUCGGACUUCUUUGGAUCUGGGGAAAUAUGCCAGCUUUUUGAAUUGGAGAACCAAUUUAAGCCGUCCAUUGGAGGUUUCAAGAUUCUCCAACCACAAAUGAAGUUUGAAUUUUACAAAUUUAAAUCCAAUUUUCAAAGUCAAAAUCGUUCAAAAAUCUUCCGGAACCUAAUAAAUUAGAUGUAAUCGACACUGAUCUUCCCGUUUUGGAUGGUUUAGAAAGGAUAUUAAUAGUUUUAAGAGAAUUAUGAGCAACUAAAAAUGAACUGUCAAAUGAAUUGAGGUUAUGUUUCUCUCUCAGGUGAAAUAAAUUGUCAAAACCUG